CACUGUUUGAUGGUUUGAAGGCUGUGGGGUUUGUGCAUUUAACUAUGCGCAAUUAGACUGGUUUUGUCUUUCUGUAAUCAGUAAAGUUAUAGGUUGAGUUUAUGCUGGACUAGAGGCCGAACCUCGGGCUCAUAAACUAGCUAAUUAAAAUAAGGUUUUAAAUAAGUUUUUUUUACAGAAGUUGCUAACGUUAACGGCAUUAUCCAAACUAUGGCGGACUGGAAGGUGCCGGUAAGCUACAACUUCAACCCUUCAUACCACGCAUAUGCUUACGGACUGCUCUAUCCACCUGGCUCUGAACAAACUCAUCCAAACCUGAACUGGACCGAGACGACCUACAAUCAUCCCGGAGUCAAUGGAGGUUACUACCAGACGCAAGCACCACACCAGUCUCCACCUGGGAGCCCCGAGCAAAUCACGUCGAAUAGCACAGCUCACUACCCUGGUCCAAUGCUGUAUUUCUCCGACACUCACACGCAAAGUGGCCGACUUUUCCUCUCUCAAAAUCGCAGUAGUCAUUAUGAGGAUCACACAAAGGAGAGCGAGCAAGCAGGAAGUGAUAACCCCAGUGACUCUGAGGCCCACACACCAGAUUCAUGGAGUUCGGCCAGUAGCAGGGAAGGAUGCAUUCCUCCGGAAAAUCCCGCCACAUGGGCCAAGAAGGAAACGGACGAUGAGACGGUCAGUGGCAGUCCAGAUGGCACAGAGGUCGUGUCCAGCUCCCUUACCAUUGGGGAUGAGCCAAGUCUGAAAGACGUGCGACCGGGCCAGGGCGCUGUUGCCAUCCCUCAGUCACCACCGGGAAAAACGCCAAACCGCAAGGCCAAAGUACGCACUGCAUUUUCGGAGGGCCAGAUGAACGCACUGACUCACCGGUUCAGCAUGCAGCGGUACCUCACCCCUGCAGAAAUGAAGACCCUAGCUGGAGUCACUGGGUUGACCUACAAACAAGUGAAGACAUGGUUCCAGAAUAGGAGAAUGAAGCUCAAAAGGCACCAGAAGGAAAAUGGUUGGGUGUCGGAGCGGUAUGCCAACUCUGGAUACCCCAGUGUACCACCAGCUCCACAUUCUCAGUUCCAGACGGAUUCCCAAACGUUACUUCAGGACCCGUAUUCAAACCCUCAACUAAGAGAGGCCGUCUUCAAGAAGAGUUCCCCCCAACCUGCAGCCUUCUACCCCAACUACAUGCGACCACACUCUCCUCCCCAGGGAACUGGUAGGCCUCAGGGCAACUGGCCUCUCCCACCGACAAUGUCCCAUUACGAGUACCCCAGCCCUGCCAACUUCAUGCCCCCCAAUGGCAACACCAGCAUCAAUUCUGACAAUGGGAAUGGGGUGGAUGCUGGUAGCAGCCCAACGCACAUGGCCAUGGUGCAUAGUGCCACCCAGUGGUCAUCCUGAGUCAUUGCCUGUAGAUAAGGCCAGAGACCUUUAUUAUGCAAACAUGUACAUAGUUUUUGUUUUAAGAGAUGUCAUGACCCUGGUGUUUUAUAAAUUGUGUAUAUAUUUUUAGAUGCAGUCUUGAGAUGCCUUGUUUUUUUUUUUCUUGCAUCUCUGUAAAACACUAUGCUGGCUGCUUCAUGGCUUUACAUUAUGAGCAAUUUUUUUUACUUUCGAGUUCUAUUUUUCUACCUUUUUACCUCAGAGUAUUUAAUCUUGCCCAUUAGCUUAUGAUUACCAAUGAUUUUGACGAGAUGUAUUUAAUUCCGCCUUUAUGCAAUGCACUACUCAUAAUAUGUACAGAAAUGGGGAUGUUGCUGCACUGAAAUUCUUGUUGCAGGUUGAAAUGUGAAUCUUGUAUGAUGUGUAACGUGUUCAGCAUUUUUGCAAGAUACCUUAAAAUUGUAAUGACUUCACUGUUACCUGAACCAUGAUCUUAAACGUGACCAAAAAACAAAAGUGUUCUUGACCACUUGCACAACCAAAGUUCCAAAGUGGUCUUACAAUAAAUGUUGCAUUUGCUUAUAUUUAA